AUGGUAUCCUUUUCGUGUGAAGUGUGUAACGACACUGUUGUGAAGAAAAAGCUUGAUCAACAUAGCCAAAGAUGUUAUGGUGCAUAUUAUACUUGUAUCGAUUGUUCAACUACUUUUGAAGGUACAUCGUAUCGUCAACAUACCAGUUGUAUUUCAGAAGCUGAAAAAUAUGAAAAGGCUCUUUACAAGGGACCAAAGAAGCAACAGAAGAAACAACCUGAAGCACCAAAGAAGGUAGAAAUACAACCUGUUGAAUCUAAACCUGAAUCUAAAAAGGAAGUCACAUCCGACAAAGUUACUAAAACUAAAAAGUCCAAAUCUUCCAGUUCAACUUUAAGCAACUUGUUAUCAUCCAACAAGAAAGAAGGUUUAUAUAAAAUAGUGAAAAAGUUAUCAAAGGAGAGUUCAAAAGAUAUCAAGGAAAUCUUGAAGACUUUGAAGGUCACUAAAAGCGAAGAUGGUAAAAUUAUAAUAGAGUAG